CUUUGUUUCUUAUUAGAUGCCUUCCUCAUUCCAGAAAACUGAAGAAACCAUUAUAUUUGGGCCAGUGAGUGACCACCUAAUAAAGUUUACAAACAAGUAUGCUAUUUUGAUUAUGACCCCAAAGAAAUAUAAUCACAAAGGCAACAGAAAGAAGCUAAAGAAGACGUUGGAAGCAUUGAACAUCACUGCCCCCAAGAAAGCAGAAGAAUUUUCCAAGUGCAUCAGUUUCUUUGCAUUUGUAAACAUUCUAUGUGGCAAUCUUGGAGAAAGGCUGCUGAGAGACCCGAGGCUUCGUCAGCUACCACCGCUAGUAUUUGAAACAAGAAUCUCUUCACUCAGGCCAAAGAAAAUGGAUGAGACUAAAAAGUCCAAAGGUCGAAGGGUAGUGAUUAUUGAGAAUUCUCCAAGCAAGGUGACAACAAAGGAUAUGGAAGACAACACGAAUGGGACAGACACAGAAAACAGUGAGACCAUGACUGCAGUAGGUCUGACUGUAGCUGAAGAUGUUACUCAUAUUGCUGCUCAGUCUGUGGGAGAAACUAAACAUUGCACCAGAAAAAUCCAGUGGGUCACUCAUGGUGAAUUCACAGCAGAGAGAGGCCGGAGACAAAUUCAGGAGCUCAUUUCGACUUGCAAGUAUCGUAUUGGCUGGGCAUGCAGCACAGAGUUUAUGAAGAAGGAAGACGUAAUUCACUCCUUCCACUAUAUCUACCGUGUGAGCUGGAGCCUCUCAACUGCUGAGUUACCUGUGGCAAGCGUCUAUGCCAUUGCCUAUUUCACUAUCAAGAUAAGAAAAAACAAACCUUGGGAUGCACCCAUUGAUAUCUCUUACGUAUUUGAAGACCAAACAUUAGUUCAAAGACCUGAAUGGAUCUGCUUUCAAGAAGGAAUACUGAUGAACAUUAUUGAAGCCAAACACGUUUUGAUAAACUCAAUCAAAGCAUAUUUAAGUGCCUGCUCUUUACAGGAGACACUGUAGGGUUGUUUUUCUACUAAGAAUAUAUUAAAAAUAGGGCCAGGGAUUUAGCUCGGUGGUUCCGGUGCCUGCCUC